AUGCGAGAAGUGACGGACGUAAUGGAGGCCUGUAUUGGUUGGUCGGCAAUGUUUGAGCGAAAUAUAAAUAAGUUUGUGAAUGCGUUGAAGAAAAUACAUGGCUUUAAGUCGUUGACCGAAAGCGACCAGCAUUUGCUUAUUAAGUACGGCUCUAUCGAGUUGUUUCUACUCCGACUCACCCAAGUCUAUAACGUUGAGGAGGAAUAUAUCGCUUUGGAAAAUGACGAAGACAAUAGUUUGCAAAUGAAAUUACAAGUGUUGGCCAGUUAUCAAUUGGACGCCUUUAAUCACUACAAGUCAUAUAUACAGACAAUAUCUAUGGAGUGGAAUGGAGACCACAUUGUACUUCAUUUGUUAUCGGCUAUAAUUAUAUUUAACUCAGAGCGGCCUAACAUUCAACAGCCGGAACUUAUUAAACUCCAACAAUACAUUUACAUGCAUUUACUUAAACGUUAUUUUUAUAUGAGAUAUCAAUCGGAAAGUGAAGCCAAAGUAAGACUAUUGAGACUAAUGGAUAGUUUGCAUAAAAUACGGUUAUUAAGUGAUAUUCACGCAACUAAUUACUACGUACACCGGCCAACACAUGUCGGU